ACUUACAUCCUCAGUACCUGUUCAUCGCGUCAGUUGCCCACCAGAGGGGGAACGAACGCAUUGUUCUGAUCAUUGCAACAUUCCUGGACCCUGCAUGCCAGGGACUAGCGCGAUGGAGGAGCCAAUUAACCUCCGCGAGCGUACUAUAGUGAGCACAACCCGGGCCCUGGCUUCGACUGGAGCUUCGUCCGUCUCUUACAUGAUCAGACGCCUUUCGACGACAUGUUUCUCGACGGAAGACCAGAGUCGCGCAGCGGCGAGGACCUCAGGGUCUACAUCGAAAACCCUCUCCAGGGCCGAUCACGGGAGGAACUCGAAGAGGACGUAGCUCGCUUCUGGCACCAGCAUGAUCUCGCUCCGGUGAUCAAGCUGGAGCUGCUGCAGCGCGGUGCUCGCGUCGCUCAGAACCCGCGCAUCUUCGAGGCCAUCGAGGACCUUACCGUAGAGGAGAAGCAGGCUCUGCGCGACGAGGACACGCGCAUGUUCAAGCAGCCGUUUGCGUUAUGGCUAACGAUUGCUUGCACCUCGAUCGCCGCUGCUCUACAAGGCUGGGACCAAACAGGCUCGAACGCCGCUAACUUAAAAUUCCCUCCCGCUCUGGGUCUGCACAUCAACAAUGAUGACACUUCGAAAAACUGGAGAGACAUCUGGAUCUUUGGUCUCGUGAAUGCCGCGCCUUACUUUUCCUCAGCAUUCUUAGGAUGCUGGUUGUCUGAUCCGCUUAACAACUAUGUCGGGCGACGUGGCACCAUAUUCUUCGCUGCCAUUUUUUGCUUCGCUUCGGUUAUUGGCUCCGCUUUCGUCCACACCUGGUUGCAACUCUUCUUUUGCCGCUGCCUCCUUGGCAUAGGCAUGGGAAGCAAGGCCUCGACCGUCCCCGUGUACGCUGCCGAGAACUCACCAGCGUUCUUCCGAGGAAGUUUUCUGGUGAGCUGGCAGCUUUGGGUGGCCUUUGGCACUUUUCUCGGAUUUUCAGCAAAUUUGGUCGUUUAUAAUAUCGGCGACAUCGGAUGGCGUUUGCAGCUCGGAAGUGCCUUCAUCCCUGCGGUCCCUCUACUGAUCCUUAUUUGGUAUGCUCCAGAGUCGCCUCGUUGGUACAUCAAGCAGCGAUGCUACCCGCAGGCCUACGGCUCUCUGGUUCGGCUUCGGAACGUCCCUCUCCAAGCGGCACGGGACCUGUAUGCCAUGCACCGACCCCACCCCCGCACUCCGGUGGCAAAAGAUAUACACAAGGCGGCCCAAUACGCUAGGCGCUUCGUCCAGCUCUUCACGAUCAAGCGGGUGCGGAGGGCGACGGUAGCCGCCUGUACGGUCAUGCUUGCGCAACAGAUGUGUGGCGUCAACAUCGUCGUCUUCUACAGUGGAACGCUGUUCACGGAUGCGAAAGCGAGUGAGAUUACGGCUCUCCUCGUCUCCUGGGGAUUCGGGCUCGUGAACUUUGUCUUUACUUUGCCAGCCGUUUACCAGAUUGAUACCCUCGGGCGCCGCACCUUGCUCCUGCUGACGUUUCCUGGAAUGGCCUUGACCCUGCUCGGUGCUGGCUUCAGCUUCUACAUCACGCCGCGAGAAGUGCAUCUCGGGAUGAUUAUUUUUUUUGUUUUCUUAUUCGCGACGUUCUACAGCCCGGGAGAAGGACCAGUGCCGUUUACGUACGCCGCUGAGGUUUUCCCGCUGUCGCAUCGUGAGGUCGGCAUGAGUUUAUCCGUGGCGACGAAUCUGUUCUUCGCUGGCGUCCUGACACUGGUAUUCCCGCGCAUGACGGCUGCGUUGGGUAACACGGGCGCGCUGAGCUUCUUCGCGGGACUGAAUGUCGUUGCAUUUGCCAUGAUAUUCCUGUGGGUGCCCGAGACGAAGCAGAGGACACUGGAGGAGAUGGAUUCUAUUUUCAACGAGUCGACAAGAACGCAUAUGAAGUAUCAGAUUACGAAGUUCUUACCAUGGAUGUGGGACAAAUACAUCCGGCGCAAGGACGUGGAGUUGGCGCCCCUGUACGUGUUUAGGAGGUAGUCGUUGUGCCAGAUGACGAGUUUAUGAUUCUGUUGAUGUUUACGGUAAAGCAAAGGCUGCGGACGGGUAUAUAGAUAGAUAGAAGUACUUGUAGUGAUCAAUGUCACGAUUAGAGAGGCGAUGAUAGAGAAGCCGUAGUGGCAUCGAAACUUGAAUCCGAGAAUGCCGGCGACAGAAGUUGAACUCCAGUCCCUAAACGUGCGAGGGCACGUCACUGAGUCCGUUUACGGCUAGAUAGAGCACCCAGCUUGG